GAUCCUCAGCUAGGAGCGAAAUACUAACUCGUUGCCUGGCUGACGACUACUCAUCAGAGUCACGUUAUAAGGAAAUCCUUCGGGGUAGCUUACCAAGUCUAGGUUCCUUGCUAGUCAGCUCAAUGAAUUUAAUACCCUGUUGGGAAUUCGGAGUUCCUAGCUGAGGGGAGCUCGGAGCCUUGCUGACAUAGCUAACUUUCGUUUUGCUUAUACAUAUGAGGUGAGAGCUUUGAAUAGUUUACUGUGUCGGCCCUUUCCUCUCCAACUCACCAAUACACUCUUGGUAGAAGAGUCACUCGCUACGUGCGGAGGGACGGACGUUCGCUACGAAGACAUUUGUUGAAAUUCGGAGGGUUCACUAGGCAUUGAAGCUAUUUCGGUCACGAUGGUUUUAGCACGACACUUUGGGGCCUUGUCGGCCUUUGCCCUUGCUUCACUUGUAAGGGCUUCGUACAAUGACACGUACCCUGCGGACUGGUGGCCACAUCAUUCUAAGAGUGAAUGCGCGCCAGAAACUGUUACCAAGACCAAAAUCGAGACCGAGACUUGCUACGAAACCGAAACUACGACAGUUUAUGGUGUUACCACCGUUUUCGCUACAUAUAGUUACGGAUAUACAGUAACGGACAAGGAAACUCUUACCUAUAAGUCAACAGUGACUGAUGAAGAGACUACAACCGUUAGCUAUGAAUCGACAGUGACGGAUAAUAAUACCAUCACCGAUGUAGAAACUACAACCACGACUGCUACUUACACGUCAUUGGUUCCUACUGUUACUACAGAAACACUCACUUUCACGACAGAGAUUCCGACCACAGUUAUUUCCGGCACUACCUACUCUAUGACCCAAUAUAGCACGUCGGUUUAUACUACGGUAUCAACAUACACAACAAGUGUCCUAAUAACUCUAACUGAUGUGGUGACGACAACCGACGUGUCGAUCUCAGCUUCACCAACUACGGACACUGCCACCGUGACAGCGACGGAGGAGACUACGUCGGUUGUGACUCUCAUCUCAACUAGUACAUUCCUGACAGUUUCGGAGAUCACACUCACUGACUCGGUAGUGAGCACUACGUCGUUCACUACGACACAGGUUCUUACCACCGUCGUAUCAGCCACGGUUACGGCCCCUCCAAUUUCUAUCACUCAGCCACCGGUCACUGUUACUCAACCUCCUGUUACCGUGACGGAGUCGUCGUACAUCACAGAUGUGCAAACAUGCACUAUCACCUUAGAAGAAAGCGUCAGCCCACAACCUCUCGAUGUUCUCUCUAACUUAACUUGGGGCUGCGGCCCCGGAACUAUUUGCGCUCCCCCGAAGCCGGAAGGCUGCAAUGUCUGGGCCAAUCCUCCCGAUGCGACGUAUGUUUGCCCAAGCGUGACACACUGUGUCGCGGCUCCGUACUAUUUGUUUAUUCAAUGGCCGGAGUCCCAAACGGGCUACUAUCCACCUACAGAACCCUAUUUCAACCUUGCGCCACCUGCUUUUGGACUAAGCUAUGACAUAUUCGAGAUUGACUAUGUAGAAACCACUAUAACGACGGAUGGCAUAACCUACGUCACCUCCACUGGAACCGGAAAUUGGGGAUCACAGCCAGGCCUUACGGCACCCUAUCCAGCGUCUACCCCGGCGAUAGCUAAAAAGUACCUCCCAUACCAUCCUAUUCAUAAGCGUGCGACUACGCCGUCGACUUGCUACUCCAUUUGCAAUCAAGCCCAGUUGGAAGGCCAAAGAGUCGGCAAAGACGGGAAAGUACUCUGCGCAGAGGGCUCCUUAUUUCGGACUUACGCCCAGAAUUGUCGCGAAUGUGUCACCAACCACCAGAAUUGGGACGACGCGAGUAAUGGCUAUUUGAAAGGACAAUUAUCUCAAUGGAUUGAUUUCUGCAACGCUACGGACCCUACCAACCCUAUAUUUACGUCACCCGAGGGCGAAGUUUCAACUACGGCUGGAGGUUCGACGGGUACUGGAGCUCCGCCAGCCACCAGCACUGGUGUAAUUCCUAUCACACCGACAUCCACAUCAUCCGCGUCACCCACAUCUUCAGCUUCGUUAACUUCGGCCUCUUCAACUACUUCUGAAAGUGCGUCUUCUGCGUCUUCUGCUUCGUCAACUUCUUCUAGCUUUUCUAGUUUCUCUAGUUCUUCUAGCUUCUCUAGUUUUUCUAGUUUUUCUAGUCCUUCCAGUUCUUCGGAAGGGAGUACAUCGACCGAGGCUUCGAGCACUGGUAGCAGCAGUAGCGCUAGCAGCACCAGUACCGGCGGCACUACAAUUUCUAGCAGCAGUAGUAGUAGUGCCGAGACCAGCGGUAGUACCAGUAUCGGUACCAGUACCAGCGGGGGCGGUAGCGGGGGUGAGACUAGCAAUAGCAGCAGCGGAGAAUCUUUCUCAACUUCGGUGCCUAACACAUCUUCACCAGCAAGCAGCGGCGCCGCCUCGUCAACGAGCACGCCGCCUGCUACGGUUCCGGGCAGUACGUCGGCGCCGAGCACGGUACCUACUGGCGGGGCCUAUGCGAUUCAGAACGGUCGAAUCGCCCUUAGCUCCAUAUUCGGAUUUAUCUCAUUUUUGAUCCUCAUCUAAUGCGCUUAGAGACCCAUAAUGCUUGAUUUUGAAACCUCGGAAUAUAUAUACGCAUAUUCAAUUCGAAUCCUUCCCUCAGACCAUUUAUAAUUCUUGGCUCGGACAUUGCAUUGAUCUGGUGGUUAUACGGUGGGCGGCAUGGGCGUGGACGGGCACAUUCAUUCCUUUUUAUACCAACCACAACGAUGAAAGUGCUUGAGGAAAAAAGCAUAUUUAUUUGAUACCCCGGGGACGUUACACUCCUUACUAUGACGAAAAGACCC